AUGCAUUCACUGGUUACAGGUUGCGAUGAUGCCUCAGAUUGUACCUCCUAUUAUGCGGAAUAUGAUCCAUUCGAUUAUCUCUAUAGUGGCGGAGGCACACAGUACUCGGAUCCCGUUUACGAGGCGGUGAAUAAGUUGGAGAAGAGCGCUGUGAGUCCAAAUGUCUCCUCCAUUGGUUGGCGCACGGAUUACCUCAGCCACGAUGAAGUACUCGCCACCGAUCUAACUGCUACUAGCAGCGCUAACGCCUCAACACACUAUCAGCUCGAUGAUCAAUCACCAAGCGGUUCACGCUCACCGCCUCCACCGCUGCCGCCACGCAAUACUGGCUCUCGCUCCCCACCCUUUCUACCUGGUCUCUAUCCAACGCUCAAACAUGAAAAUAGUGUGGAAGGCAGCAGUGGUGUGGGCGUGGGCGCGGUCGCUGGCAGUUCCUUCUCCACUUCCAGCUCAUUCAUACGGCCUAGCGCAACGCUGGAUCGUCGAAAAACUGCUGCCGGAACGCGCCUCUAUGAAGUGGUAACGGAUCGCCGCACCGUCGAUCCGGAGCUACUGGAAUUCUUCUUCAUGGUUAAGGAGUUGCGUAUGCGCUAUUUAUACAAUGAUACGUAUACGAAUCCGGGUCAUGUAAUUGCUUCGGAAUUUAAUUAUCAUUAUCCGCUUGAGACGAGCAUCAAGAUUUUGGUGCAUCCUGCGCUGAAGGCACUGCUUUCCCAUGCGGAUAUGGCGCGUACACAAGGGCAGGUGAAGGGGUAUGGCGUGCCGGUGGUGUUUACAUGUGAUAUCAAUACGGCUGUGGAAUUGGUUAUUGAUCAAGCAUUUUGUUCGCUGGAGGGUAUUAUUAAAGGCACUCCUAAUGAUUAUGUGGUAAAGCCCAUCGGCGUCUCUGAAUGGCUAUCACCCACAUCGAAACUCAGUCAGCUGGAAUGUGUGCAUAACAGCCUAAAGCUGGAGCAGGACGUGCAAUUGGGUUUGUGCGUUAAAUCCGAGGAGAAUAUGCAAGUGAUAGCUCGUACGCAGUGUGAUGAUCUGCGUGAUGUUGAUUUACGAGCAGAAGAUAUUUUGCCCAACGAAAUGGCAACGACCAUCAAUUAUGAUAAUAUGAUGAUACUGAUAGAAACACUUGAAACAGAGAUUGAUAAAUUAGAGUCAGCGGAUCCGAAUUCACGCUCCAUACUUUCAUGCUCGGGCGUUGUGCAGGCAGUUAAGGCUAUUUGCGCGUUACUCGGUUCGAUAGAUACACUUGAAAUCACUGCCUGCAUCGCCGAUCUCAAACGCAUAUGCGAGGAGGGUCAAGUGAAGUAUGCUGCGCAUAGCACGGAAACCAAUCCGGAGAUCGUGAGCGAACGUGGCGAUUAUGCAGAGGUGCGUUUGGUGCCACGGCCCAAGCUAGAUCAGAUUAAGCUGAAAUGUAGUCAGUUGCGCGAUGCCGUGCAGGAGUUAAUUGAACUCUACUCAAAUGUAUUCCGUGUGGGAUUCUCUGUUAAAUCUCCAGAUUAUUCGACCACACCCAUACCGGUUUCGUGUGUACUAAAACCAAUUGUCGUUAGCAUCAAUUGUCUGCAUCGGCCGCCACCAACUUGGCGCUACGACGACUACUCGCUGGGCGUGCAAAUCAACUAUGGCACUCGCUUUGUAUCCGAUCCGAUAGUCACUAAGUGUUCGAAUGACAUGAGUGGUGGACUCUUUCCNCGCUUGAAUUUCUCUUCAUGGCUGACUUUCGAAAAGAAUCCAAUUUGCACGCUACCACGAGAAUCGCGCCUAAUAUUUGUGCUCUACGGCACACAAACGACCGAAAAUGAGCAAAACACAGAUGCUAAUGGUGAACGUCGCUCGGUGGCCACCGAAUUAGGCUGGUGCGCCAUACAAUUGUUUGAUCAGAAGCGUGAAAUGAUUUGCGGCUCCUAUUUGCUUUCGAUGUGGCCGCCAACAACGGAUAAGUUCUUAGGUCCGGCGCCUGCACGCGGUUGUCAUCCACAGCCAGAUAUCUGCCCGGUGUUAAGCAUAGAAGUACCGCCUUACGGUGGCCGCAUACUAUUCCCCGAGCCGUUGGAACAGCCACCGCCAGCACCGCGUUACGAUUUCAAUUCGCUGGACGCUAAUUUGCAGCAGGAACUGCUAGACACUGCCGAGCAGGGUUAUUCGGGCGCUAAGGAUAAACGCGAGGUAUUUUGGGAAAAACGGUUGUAUUUGCAGAGCUUUCCCUAUGCAUUGCCGAAAGUGCUUCACGCCGCGCACAGCUGGGACUAUGCCAGCCUUAUGGAUCUCCAUUCAUUGUUGCAUUCUUGGGCGCCGUUGUCGCCACUGCAAGCGCUGGAAUUGCUGCUACCGCGUUAUCCUGACGCCAAAGUGCGUGAGAAGGCGGUCGAGUGGAUUUCGCAACUGCCGAAUGAUCAGCUGGUCGAUUAUCUGCCGCAAUUGCUGCAGGCGCUCAAGCACGAUACCUACGAAGCAUCGGCAAUGGCCCGCUUCUUGCUCUGCAAGUGUUUGGAAUCGCCGCGCAUAGCCCACCACUUGUACUGGCUCUUGGUACACAGUUUGCCAGGCGAUGAUCCACAGAAUUCAAUCGAUGCCUCAUCGGUGGCGAGUGAAAUUGAUGAGUCGCUAAUAACGCAGGCGCGCUACUAUAGGCGCAACAAGAUGAUGCUUCGCGCGCUGCUGGCGGUGUGUGGCGAGCGGCUGUUGGCGCGCUUUCUCAGUCAAAAUAUGAUGUGCAAGAGCUUAGCGCGGCUUGCCGAAUCCGUAAAGGAGGCUAAAGAAUCAUUGCGGCAAAAAACCCUCUGCUUCGGCAUGGAAACUGUACAUCAGCAGUUGGGUGACAAGCCCACUUCUCUGCCGCUGGGCCCCGAAUUAGAAGUGACCGGUGUAAAUGUGCGCGCUUGCAGUUAUUUUAACUCAAAUACGCUGCCACUAAAAAUAUCCUACAUCGGCUCAGAUGGCGAAGUGCUGCCGGCGAUUUUUAAGUCCGGUGAUGACUUGCAACAGGACAUGCUUACCAUUCAGCUCAUACGUGUUAUGAACAAAAUGUGGUUGGCUGAGGGUUUGGACCUGAAAAUGGUUACCUUCAAUUGUGUACCUACGGGCUUUAAGAAGGGCAUGAUUGAAUUGGUGUCCGAUGCGGAGACAUUGCGUAAAAUACAAGUAGAAUAUGGCUUGACGGGUUCGUUUAAAGAUAGACCGAUUGCUGAAUGGCUAGCCAAACAGAAUCCUAGUCAGUUGGAGUAUCAGAGGGCGGUAAAGAAUUUCACAGUUUCCUGCGCCGGCUACAGCGUUGCGACUUACAUACUCGGUAUCUGUGACCGUCACAAUGACAAUAUUAUGCUGAAGACUUCCGGUCAUCUCUUUCAUAUAGAUUUUGGAAAAUUCUUGGGCGACGCGCAAAUGUUUGGCAAUUUCAAAAGAGAUCGCACCCCAUUCGUGCUCACCUCCGACAUGGCUUAUGUGAUCAAUGGCGGCGAUAAACCCUCCACAGAUUUUCAUUAUUUCGUCGAUUUGUGUUGUCGCGCUUUCAAUAUAAUACGCAAACAUGGUGAUCUCAUUCUGCAUAUGCUUGCACUAAUGGCCACUGCCGGCAUACCCGGUGUAACCGCUGAUGCAGUGACUUAUGUGCGUGUCGCUUUGCUGCCGGAGCAAUCAAAUCCAGAGGCGGCUGCCUCUUUUGCGAAGAUGAUACAGUUCUCGUUGAAGAGUUGGUUCACACAAUUCAAUUUCUUCUUGCACAAUUUGGCGCAAAUGCGUUUCAGCAACGAUGAGGGUAGUGGCGAGUUGUUGUCAUUUGUGCCGCGCAAAUAUACCAUGCAACAGGAUGGCCGCUUAAAAAGCGUUAUGGUAGUGCGCUGUCAAAAGCAUUACGAUAUGGAAAAGUAUUACACCUACAUUUUACAAGUGACGCGUCAUGGUCAAACCGAUCCAACGCAUUUAUUCCGCUCGUAUAAGGAAUUUACGGAAUUUCAUCAAAAGUUGUGUUUGCACUUUCCGCUGGCGAAAUUGCAUAGCUUGCCAAGUGGCAUGCAUGUCGGCCGUUCGAACGUCAAAUCGGUCGCUGAGCGUCGCCUGCCUCAAAUACAACGUUUUCUUAUCUCACUCUUCAAUUCAGCGGAUGAGAUUGCUCACUCAGAUUUGGUGUAUACGUUCUUCCAUCCCUUGUUGCGUGAUCAGCAGGAAGCUAAGUUGACGGUGUCGAAAGUUAGAGAAGUAAAGCAACAAACGCGUGAAAAUCCCUAUGAAGUUGGUCAGAUUAAAAUGUCUUUGCAAUAUCGCCGCGGUGUCUUAACGGUGAUGAUUCACCAUGCGAAAGGCUUGCCCAUGCUGCAAGGGGGUCAAGAGCCUAACACCUACGUCAAAUGUUAUCUCAAGCCGGAUACAACAAUGACCAAACGCAAAACAAAAGUGGUACGAAAAACGUGUGUGCCCAGCUUUAUGGAGACGCUCGAGUAUCGCAUGCCAUUGGAACAUAUACAAAAUCGUUUAUUGCAUGUCACUGUAUGGUCACACGAUACAUUGCAGGAGAACGAAUUACUUGGCGGCUUUCAAAUCGAUCUGAGUAAAUAUGAUUUACGUAAAGAACUGAUCGAUUGGUUUCGACUUGGACCAAUGCCUAGAAAUUGAACAGCGAAGUGCGCUAGGGCCGAACACAAACUAGCUAGUAGCUGUAGAAUAAAAUUGGGAAAAAAUUACUUUGAAUGGCGUUAGAUGCAAGUGAAAUUAUCGCCAACUAGUUCGCUAUUAUCUAACAAAGAACCGCGACGAGGUUUUCGAAAACUACUUGCAAAGCAACAGUAUUUCUUUCGCACAUAUAGACACCGCUACAGGGAUGUCCGUUAGGGGCUGAUAAAAAAAAGAGUAUCUAUUUACACUUA